AUUUUUUUUAGCGCACACUUCAUUAAAAAAUCAGCUGUUUUUAACCUAACCUCAAAGAAUCGGCAAAAAGGAACUGAUAGCAAAAUGAGUGACUUCCCGACAAAAGAGGAGCGUACGGUAUGCUGGACUAACAAAGAUAAAUACUGGGAAUGCCUGGAUAAGAACGCACCUACGCACAGCACAACAAGCGGAGCUGAAGAACCUGCUGCCUGUCUAGAACUCAGGAAAUUAUUUGAGAAAAACUGUCCAGGUCAGUGGGUGAAGCACUUUGACCGGAAAAGAAGUUAUGAGCUGUUCAAGAGGCGCAUGGAACAGGGCUUUGAUCCCUUGGAGAAAAAGACUAAAUAAUAAAAUUGGAACUUAUUUACACCAAAAAAAUAGUUCCAAUAGCAACAUUUUAUUAUAAUGUAAAUUGAUUUGUACUAUACAAAUUUAGUUUGAUGUGUAAACCUAAGAUUUAUUAAAAAACUUGCUGAAUAUAA